AUGUUCAGAGCUACAUGGGUAAAAUAUGGAGUUAAGAAGCAUAAAGUAGCUACACCAUACCACCUGAAAAUAAGUGGGCAGGCAAAAAUCUCUAAUCGAGAAAUCAAAGCUAUCAUUUCCAAGAAUGUAAAUGCUGGUAGAAAGGAUUGGUCUAAGAAGCUGGACGAUGCCUUAUGGGCAUAUCAAACGUCUUUCAAGAUACCUAUUGGCCUAUCGCCAUACCAAUUAUUUUAUCACAAGGCAUGCCAUUUGCCGACUGAGCUAGAGCAUAAAGCAUUGUGGGCCCUAAAGCGGCUUAACUUGAAUUGGAAUAAGGUAGUAAAUAUAAAUUUGGGCCAGCUGAAUGAGAUGGACGAGUUACGACUUGGAGCUUAUGAUCGAGCUAAUCUAUACAAGGAAAUGAUGAAGAAGUACCAUGACCGCAAGAUUGAAAAGCGGGUUUUCAAGAGAGGUGACUUGGUGUUUUUCUUCAACUCUAGACUCAAACUGUUUCUAGGUAUGCUCAAAUCCAAAUGGUCCAGCCCAUUUAAAGUAAGUCAAGUUUACUCAUCUAGAGUACUUGAACUUGAAAAUGAAGAUGGAAGUCUCUUCAAGGUAAAUAGGCAGCGUGUGAAACUAUAUGUCGGUCCCAUUGACUCAAUAACGAGUAUUGAUAAUUUAUAUCUCGAUAAAGACUGA